AUGUCGCGGUGCUCCAGGACGCUAGGAGGCUGCUGGGCUCUGGCCGCAGGCGGGAAGGCGGGGGGCCGAGAAAAAUUGAAAGAUGACUCCAUCAAAAAGGACAAGCCGUACAAGAUCUUUUUCAAAGAUCUCUUUCUUUUCAAAGAAAAUGAGAUGGAAGCGAAGAAAAAGGAGAAAUUUAUGAGCCGCAGCAUGAAAGUACACCAAAAGUCUACUUUUUCAUCCCGAAUGAAGAGCCGGUCACACCUGGGCCAAUUAGCUUUUUACUCUGAUGCAGCUGGUGGCUCACCUGAAAACUUUGGGCUAGAUCCCACUCUUAUUCUCAGAUUAACAGAAGGUGCAGACACAAAAAAGACUGUCCAAGAAUUUAUUAACGAUCAGAGAGACAGGUUUCUGCUAGAGUAUACUUUGUCAACCAAAAGAAAAACAAUUAAAAAGUUUGAAGACAGCAUGGCACUGAAGGAAAGGCAACUCGUAAAAGCAGAAAAAAAGCUCCAAGACGACGCAAUGGCUUUCGAAGAGUUCCUUCGGGAAAAUGAUCAGAAAUCUGUAGAUGCUCUUAAAAUUGCAGCACAAGAAACUAUAAACAAACUCCAAACAACAGCAGAGUUAAAGAAAGCGAGUAUGGAAAUGCAGGCGGUGAAAAGUGAAAUAGCAAAAACAGAAUUCCUCCUUAAGGAGUAUAUGAAAUAUGGACUUUUUCUGCUGAAAUUGUCUCCGAAACACUGGCAAGUCCAGCAAGCGCUAAAAAGGGUGAAUGUAUCAAAAAGUAAAGACAGUAUGAAUACCAUCAUUCCAAAAUUAACAAAAUCAAUAGUAAGUGGAAAGAGAAAAGAUGACAGCUUUGAGGGUUCCAGAAGGACGUCAUUUUCAGAAGACUCUUCUCUGGGGAAAGGUGUCCAAGGUAAAACAGGAGAUUUGGAACUUCAUUCACAAAAGAAAUCUGUUGACAAAAAAAUGGCUCAGAAAUCAGACGUUUUCUUUUUCUUUUCCAGCCACCCUGAAAGUAUCAGUUCAGAAGACAGUAUGGAAUUCCUUUUAGAUGAUGAUAUGGACUAUGAUCUGGAACCCGAGAUUUAUUUCAAAGAGCCAGAAGAGUUGCUUCAAGUUCUCACAGAGCUGGAAGAGCAGAAUCUUACUUUGGUACAAUAUUCCCAAGAUGUAGAUGAAAAUCUCGAAGAUGUUAAUAAAAGAGAAAAAGUUAUACAGGAUAAAAUAAAUAGCAACAUAGAGUUUCUCUUGGAGCACAAGGAAAUGCUUAAGGCUAACUGUGAGAGAGAAGAAGAAAAAGCAGCAGAAUUGGAAUUAAGGUCCAGGCUAUUUAGUUUUGGAGAAUUUAAGUCAGAAGUUCAGGAAAAACUGAUAGAAUCUCUUAAUAAAAAAAUCAAUCAAGUGUACACAGUCUGCAUAGGAGAUGCUGAGGUUGGCAGUCUCAACCCGAUUCAAAAGCUGGUCAAAGUGGAGUCUCGCCUGGUGGAACUGAGUGAUCUCAUCGAAUCUGUUCCUAAAGAACAUGUGGAGGCAAUUGAGAAGUUAAAGCAGAAAGAACGGAGGCAAAAGUUGCGUGAAGAGAAAAUGAAAGAAAAACAAAAACACCAGGAAGAACGGCUGAAAGCUGCUCUGGAAAGAGCAGUAGCACAACCAAAGAAAAAGUUGGGAAGACGACUCAUCUUUCGUUCAAGACCUCCAUCUGGUAACAAACGUGAACUACAAUUAGUCAAUGAGACAACAAAAACACAGGAAGAAGAAUAUUUUUUUACUUAAGGCAUUUUAUUACCAAAAUGGGUUUUAGGCAUAUUUUGCAGAUUUUGGUUUUCAGUAACGGCAAUAUUCUGACCUACAU